AUGGAUGCGCACAAUUCUUCCGGCGCAUCCGCCACCCCAGGCGAUACUUUGAAGCUGAAGAACCGCCUGAACGAGAGUCGAAGCCCCUAUGUACGAGGCCAUAUGCACAACCCGGUCGCAUGGCAAAUGUGGGGACCAGAGGCUAUUGAUCUGGCGAAGAAGUCGAACAGGCUCAUAUUCAUCAGCAUAGGCUAUGCAGCAUGUCAUUGGUGUCACGUCAUGGAGCGCGAGUCGUUUGAGAACGAAGAGGUGGCAAAGCUGCUGAACGAGAACUUCAUACCGAUAAAGAUUGAUCGCGAAGAGCGUCCGGAUGUCGAUCGCAUAUACAUGAACUAUGUACAGGCAACGACUGGUUCGGGAGGAUGGCCCUUGAAUGCUUUCAUUACACCAGACCUGGAGCCGAUAUUCGGUGGGACAUACUGGCCUGGCCCAGGGUCCACGAUGGCAAUGGGCGAGCACAUUGGCUUUGUUGGCAUACUCAAGAAGAUUCGCGAUGUGUGGAAAGAUCAGCAUCAGAGGUGUCUAGAGUCGGCGAAGGAGAUUACAGCACAACUGCGCGACUUUGCUGAGGAUGGGAACAUUAGUAGAAAAGACGGUGCAGCUCAUGAAGGCCUAGAUCUGGACCUUUUAGAUGAAGCAUAUGAGCACUUCAAGAAGCGAUACGACAAGCAGCACGCGGGCUUCGGCAGUGCGCCCAAAUUCCCUACGCCCUCGAACCUCAAAUUCCUCCUCAAGCUAUCGGAAUAUCCAAACGCGGUGAGAGAAGUGCUCGGAGCAAAGGACUGCACACACGCAAAAGAUAUGGUGCUAGCGACAUUGGACGCGAUGAACAAGGGCGGCAUACACGAUCAGAUUGGAAACGGGUUUGCGCGAUACUCUGUCACCAAGGAUUGGAGCCUGCCGCAUUUCGAGAAGAUGCUCUACGAUCAGACGCAACUCCUACCCGUAUACCUGGACGCGUAUCUCAUGACAAAGAGCCCUGAACAUCUUUCCGCGGUCCAUGAUAUUGCGACAUAUCUCACCAGCCCGCCGAUGCAUGCCGAAAGUGGAGGCUUCUUCUCGUCCGAGGACGCCGAUUCACUAUACCGGCCAAAUGACAAAGAGAAGCGCGAAGGCGCGUUCUACGUGUGGACGUUGAAGGAGUUCCAAGACAUACUAGGUGACCGAGACGCUGAAAUUCUCGCAAGAUACUACAAUGUUCACGACGAGGGCAAUGUUGCGCCGGAACACGAUGCGCACGACGAACUGAUCAACCAGAACGUACUAGCAAUCACCGCUACACCAGAAGACCUAGCGAAACAGUUCGGUCUGUCAGAAGACGAAGUCAACAAGACACUAACCGAAGGCCGGCAAAAGCUCCUCGAGCACCGCAACAAAGAGCGCCCGCGACCUGGUUUAGACGACAAAAUCGUCGUAUCCUGGAACGGCCUCGCCAUCGGCGCACUAGCAAGAACCUCCGCCGCCCUCUCAUCCCAAGAUCCCUCACGCUCGAAAACGUACCUCACUGCAGCCGAAAAAGCAGCCACCUUCUUGCAAAAAGAGCUCUACAACCCCGACACCAAGACCCUCAUCCGCGUCUACCGCGAGGGCCGCGGCGAUACACCUGGUUUCGCAGACGACUACGCCUACCUGAUUUCCGGACUCAUCUCCCUGUACGAAGCCACCUUCAACGACAGUUACCUCCGCUGGGCCGACGACUUGCAACAAACACAGCUGAGAAUGUUCUGGGAUAAACAGCACCUUGGUUUCUUCUCCACGCCCGAAGACCAAAAGGAUCUUAUCCUGCGGUUGAAAGAUGGUAUGGAUAAUGCCGAGCCAGGUACCAACGGCGUUUCAGCACAGAACCUGGACCGUUUAGGUGCAUUACUGGAAGAUGAGGAGUACACUAGGAAGGCGCGCGACACGGCAUCCGCUUUCGAAGCUGAGAUUAUGCAGCACCCUUUCCUCUUCCCUAGCAUGAUGGAUGCGGUGGUUGUGGGGAAAUUGGGUAUCAGACACAGCGUUAUCACGGGUGAAGGGCAGAAGGUAGAAGAGUGGUUGCAGAGGUACCGGGAGAGGCCUGCUGGUCUUGGCACAGUUAGUAGAGUGGGCAAGGGGAUGGGCGAUUGGUUAAGUCAAAGGAACGAGUUGGUGAAAAGUAUGGACGGAGGUAAGGAGGGGGUUAUGGUGUGUGAAGGUGGGGCAUGCAGAGAUGCGUUGAGUAUGGAUAUGGGGAGUCUGGAGGAUGCUGUGCCAAAGGUAUAA